GCACUGAACCCGCGUGUUUCUCUUCCCAAACAUGUUUUAUAUGAGCGUUUGGCGCAUCAAUACUGAAUAAGGAAUAACCCAAGUGGAGAGGAAGACCAGACAAACUUGUCGUCGGUGUGAAAUUAUCGCUUCAUGAUGGGAAUCAGUGGCGUUUUCCUGGCCAGGAGACAUGCAGCUGUGUGUGUGAUACUGGUAACUCUCUCUGCAGCAGCAAUGGCUUGUAACAGCUAUUAUGAGAGUGCCAUCAAGGAGCUUUGCCUGGCCAAGUUCAAGGAGGACAUGGAAGCUCUGGACCAGGGCCACUGGUGUAGCUGGGAGGACACAGUAGAGUCCUAUGGAGAGCUGACAAACUGCACAUACCUGGUGGCCUGGAAGAUGAACUGUUUUUGGCCCAACAGGCUAGUGGAUGAGUUCUUCAUUAGCAUUCACCGGCACUACUUCCACAACUGCUCGCCCACAGGCCGACUACCCCACGACCCACCCAACAGGAUUUUAGGGCCCUUCAUCAUAGUACCCAUUGUGGUCACUCUGCUCAUGACUGCCCUGGUGGUGUGGAGGAGUAAACGCAGUGAGGGUAUUGUGUAAUGCAGAUCGGUCUGCUCCAGUGACCCUCUAAAGCACUGAAGCUCACAUUACCAAACCCAGAGAACACACUGAUGCUGAAACAGAGAGAUGUUCAACUGUUGACUUGUGUCUCAUCAAAUAGCUAAAGAACAGAGCAGCCUGCUGCCUACACACACACACACACACACAUACACACACACACACACACACACACACGACCUGAAUAAAACUGUACUCGAGACUGUCUUUAAAACAUACAAUUUACAGACAAAACUUCAUUUCAUAGACUUCUGUCAUAUGUCUACAAGGUCCUGGAUGGUAAUUUGAAGCAGUACGUUUUUAUUACAAUACCUCAACAGUGAGACAACUGAAGUACAAAUUGAAUGGACACUGGCUGAAUAAAUCUAAUUUAUGAGCAGAAAAAACACAGAAGUAGAUCACUAUUAUUACCAUAUCUGUGAACGCUAAACUCUGCAGCUCUCUUUCCACUCAACUUCAUGCAUUCUCAUGCUGUGCACUGUAUCAAAUCCUGAUAAUGUUUAGUAUAGCUGAUAUGCUGAGUGGGUUUGUUUUCAAAAUUGAACAAACUAUAUA